UCAGUCCAUGGAGGGACCGGGGGGGGAGCCCCCGAGCACCGCCGCUCACCGAGGGUCCCGCGGGCUCCGGGAGCCUCCUCCGAGCGGGCUCCGGCGCAAGCGGCUGCCCAGACCGAGCUCCGGGACCCUCGGAUGGGGCUUUGCCGUGGGGUUCAGUGGGGCUCCGGGACCCUCGGAUGGGGCUUUGCCGUGGGGUUCAGCGGGGCUCCGGGACCCUCGGACGGGGAUCUGCUGCCGGGCACCGGGAUCCUCCGGCGGGGCUCCGCUGCGGGGCUCAGCCGGGCUCCGGGAAUUCCCGACGGGACUUUGCGGUGGGAUUCAGCCGGGCUCCGGGACCUUCUGACAGAGCUCUGCGGUGGCGUUCAGUCGGGCUCGGGGACGCUCCGACCGGGAUCCGCUGCGGGGCUCAGCCGCGCUCUGGGACUCUCCGAUAGGACUCUGCGGGGAGAUUCAGCGGCGUCCGAGAUGGGGCUCUGCUGCGGGGCUCAGCCGGGCUCCGGGACCCUCCAGCGGGGCUCUGCUGCGGGGCUCAGCCGGGCUCCGGUGCUCGCCUCCGACGGGACUUUGCGGUGCGGUUCAGCCGGGCUCUGGCACAGAGCUCCGGGACCCCCAGCCGGGGCUCCGCUGAGUGCUGCGGGGCAGCCACCUCUCUCCGUCGGGGCUCAGCUCCGCUGCUGGGCUGCAGGACCCUCCUCCGACCGCCACGGCUCUGCGCUCGGGCCGGGCGGGCUCCGCCGCUGCCUGCGGCCGGUUCCCAAUGGCGAGGAGCGGGCAGCGCCCUGCCCGCCCCUUCCUGCCUCCCCUGGCACCUGCCCCGGCCCCACCUCCCCGGGCUCCGAGCCUUCUCCUGCCUCCUCCUCCUCCCGCCGGGACACGGCGCCCUGGGGGCGGGGGCCGCUCCCCUGCCCGCCCCUGCCCGCGACCGGCGCCGCUGCCGCCGGGAGCUCAAUGGAACUCGCCGCCUUUUAUACGGGGAAAACGAGGCACGGCCCCGCCUACUGA